AUGCCGCCAAAGAAAGAUGCAUUUGCAGACUUGUUUCAAUCCGCAAGUACAAGUAACGGCAAUGCUGCUAAUAGCAUGAAUGCCAAAUUGAACAAGUUGUCAUUAUCAGAGCGUCGGAAAUUAGAACAACAAAAACAGCAAAAUGACAGGUACAAUACGUUAAAUUCAAGCUGGUCAAAUCUAGAUGUUCUAUCUCCUCGAUCGAGUGCAUCUACCUCUCAAGUUUCGAGUAGAGGUGCAACACCUUUAAUGAACAAAAGCACUUCGCAAAUUCCAAGUAGGAACUCAUCUCCCUUUAAUCCAGUACAAGAAUCCAAGUGGAACAGUAACAAUAAUGGCACUACUAUAUCACUCAGUGAUGAUGACCCCUUUGCGAUUUUCAAUACUCCAGCACAACCUGCUGCUCAAUCUCAUUCUCAAUCUUUGGAAACAAACACAACGAGCCAAGCGAGGACACCAAAUCUGGCACCUACCAAUGCCCCUGCAGGUGAUAGUGUCAGUGCCUCUGUUCCUUUUUCUGCCAAUGCAAGUGAUAGUGUCAGUGCCUCUGUUCCUUUUUCUGCCAAUGCAAGUGAUAGUGUCAGUGCCUCUGUUCCUAUUUCUGCCCCUGCAAGUUCAAUUGAUUACAAGAAGGAUAAAGUUCUUGCGGAAUUAUUGGACAUUGGAUUUUUAAUAGACGAUGCAAACGAAGCAAUAAUGGAAUUUGGACCCGAUCUACAAGAAUGCAUUACUUAUAUUAUGAACAAAAAUACCAGCAACACCAAAAGAGAUAUCGAAAACCGACAGAGGUUCAAUGACGAAGAAAGAGAGGAAACAGAGGUAAGAAAAGAGAAAAAUGAUACGGUGCUUGGCCCACGUCCAGAAGGUGUCAACUUAGUCAACUUCAACGAAAUAGGGAACGGCUUGUUUCAAAAAGCCAACACGUUUCUAAAUUUUUCUAAAAAGAAAGUAAUAGAGAAUAUCGAGCUUUUUCAGGAUAAUUUUGGUAAUGGCAGUAAUUCAAAGACUGUUCCUGCUUGGAUGAAGACUCAGUCCAAGUACAAAGCAGAUGCACACGAGAAGAAAUACGGCGGAGAAAAUUACGGAACCGACAAUGAGAAUAUCAAUCAAGAAGAGAUUGAAAGAUUUAUGAGAUUACAAAAUGAGAGAGAUCGACAAAAGAUGAGAGAAAGGUUUGGUGUAACGGAAAGGGAGGCUAAUGGACUUGUGGGGAGACAACAGUCACAAACUCCACCACCUACAAAGCCACCGAGACCGACGACAUCGUCAAGGACUGGCUCAGGAUCUGACAUCACUCGUUUGCGCCAUUCUUCAAAGAAUGUCAACAAAAAAGACAAUCUCAAUGCAUUUGACAGUUUAUCUGAUCAACCACUUCCGCCUAGACCUAGGCCUAGACCGCAAACCCCAACCACAAACACCGAUACAGUGGAUUUACUAGGUAUGGCAACAACAAGCCCAGCUAGCAGCCAUUUGCGUGAUUCUACGCCGUUGAAUCAAUUUGUUCAUACAGAUUAUACAACCAAAAAGACUAAAGCAACGGAGGCUUACAAAACGGGUGACUAUACAAAUGCUUUAGAAUUGUAUGGUGCAUGUCUUGCAAGCUUACCACCUCGACACGAAUUGCGCAUAGUAAUUUACUCGAAUUUAGCGUUGACUAAUAAGUUACUGGGGCAUUUGAGACCUGCAUUGGAGAAUAUUGAGGAAGCUCUAAGGUUGAUGAGCUUGGAAGAAUGUAAUGAUUCUAAUAUAGUACUUGUUGGUAAGUCGAUCAAAUAUUGGUAUGUUAAAGUGUACAUGGUAAAAGCGGAAUCUUUGGAGCUUUUGGAAAAAUACCAGGAAUCCUUAGAGAGCUAUACCUUGUUGAUUACAAAAUUGGGGUGCACGGAAAAGAAAAUCAUGGAUGGGAAAAGAAGGGUUGACAAAAUAGUGAAUCCGCAAAACUACAAACCUGCUGCGCCAACAUCAACAUCAAAACCAAAGCCAAAGAGUGUAUCUUCUUCUUCUUCUUCUUCUUCUUCUUCUUCGUCUUCUUCUCCUUCUUCUUCAGCGUUGCCACAGUCGCCGUCACAGCGGUCCUCACAUUUUAAGCCCAAGACCCAACUAAGCAAGCCUGCAAAAGCUGAACUUGAUCCAUUGGUCAAAGAUGAAAUAGAUCAUAAGAUAAAAUCAUGGAGUCAACUGAAAAAUAAUGACUUGAGAGCUAUGUUAACAGAGUUGUCUCAAAUUAUACCAAUUAGCUUACCCAAUGACAAGCUACUCCAUUUACAAUUGAAUGAGCUAUUACUUCCAAAACAAGUUAAAUUGCAAUAUAUGAAAGUGAUUAGCUCAAUUCACCCCGACAAAUUAGCAUCAAGAGAAUUAGAUCCAGAAAAGGAGUUGAUUUGCAAUCGAGUUUUCAUUACCUUAAACGAGCGCUGGGAGUUGUUUAGAAAAGAGGAGAAUAUAUGA